GCGGAAAUUAGUUUCUUGCUUUGCAGUCCAAAGCUGGCCGGCCAACGGCGCCGCUCCUCCGGUUCUGCCGAUGGAGAUUUCUGUUUUGCCCCAGGAGCAACUCGCCAGCAGGUUCCACGCGCAUUUGGAGACGCUUUUGGGUGACUUCACGGAGCUCCAACACCAGGUACUGUUCCUGAGCCAGGAGCGAAGCCAGCUGGAGCGCGAGCUGGCGACGCUCAGAGGCGAAACUGGGGCGAAGGCCGGCGGGCCCCCCGGGAACCAGAAGCCGAUUGCGCCGCCGCUGCAGCCGGUGGCGCUGAGGGAAAGCACGCCCCCCGACUGCGAGUCCUAUCAGUCGAAUGACAUCCAGGAGCUGAGUCGAGGGGCUGGAGAACCUGGCGAGGAGAAGGAGGAGAGGCAGAUGUCGGAUGUCUCUGGAUCUUUCUCUGGACCCCACAUGAAGCCGGCGCUGAGCUUUGGGCAGGUGCUGAAAAUUGUGGCCCACACCGGUCCGGUCUUCAUCAUCGUGAUGAACACCUUGGCCAUGGGUAUCGCCGUGGACAACUACCCGGCGAGUCCCGCUUGGGCGUACCUGGAGCUGUUCUUCGCACUGUGCUACUUGUUGGAGUUCCACGUGAAGGUUCGACACCUGGGCCUGAGAGGCUACUUCUGCGGCCAGGAUGCCAGAUGGAACAUCUUCGAUUUCUUCUGCCUGCUGCUCUCGGUAUCUGACGUGAUGCUGGUUUUCCUGGUCAUGGCGGGGGCAGUGAAUUUCUCCAUUGGCUCGGCCUCUGUGAUCAAGGUGGCCCGCCUUGCGCGCCUCCUGCGGGUGAUCCGCACGCUGAGCUUCGACAUCUUCGCGGAUCUGCGGCUGAUCCUACUGGGUGUGCUCUCUGGCUUGCGCGUGCUCUUUUGGGCGAUUGUGCUCCUCCUGCUGCUGAUCUACGUCUUUGGGAUCGGCAUGGCGACCAUAGCGGACGCGGAGGAUGAGUUCUCCACGCUGCCAGCGAGUAUGUUCACCAUCUUUCGAUGCCUCACUGAAGGAUGCACCGCUUACGAUGGCACGCCCUUGCCGGAGAAGCUCCGGAGGAACACCUUCGCAAACUCCGGAGGCCUCUUCAUGAUCUCGUACAUCUUGGUCUUCAUGCUGGUUUCGGUCGGGCUUUUCCACUUGAUCAUGGCAAUUUUCCUGGACAACGUCAGCAGACAGCAGACCUUGCGGAAGCAGAAGGAGCUGGCGGAGACGGCGCUGAAGACGGAGGUGGCCAUCAAGCGCGCAGUGGUGAAGGUCAUCAGCGAGGAGGACGACCUGAAAACUCUGCCCGACGGCUUGGAGAAGUGGGACCUGAAGUACCAGAACAAGGUUCUGGAAAAGGCCCUGGCCAGCCUGGAUGUCACCGUGACGCGCGACCGCUUCUCCAACUGGCUGGACUACCAGGACUUCGUGGAUACGUUGGAGUUUGCCUCCGUGGACACGUCCAUACGCAUUCAGCUCUUCGAUAUCCUCGACGCGGACACGGGGGGCCUGCUGAGCAUCGACGAGCUGAUUACGGGGCUCAUGAGCAUGCGCGGGCAUGUCACCAAAGGCGACAUCAUCGCCAUGAGCCUCAAGGUGCGCUAUGUGUCGCAACUGGUGGAGAGCGUGAGCAGGUGCAAGCUGCUCACCGGCUUGCAGCAGCUGCAGGAGAGAGAUCCCAGCCGUCGGCAUCCCGGUCUUCAUUUUGGACGUGAUGGCUUUUGAGGGCAAAUUCAAUGGUUUCAAAGAGGAAAGAGCCAGCGAAGAAAGACGAUCUUAGGGCUUAC